UUAAUAGAGAACGAGAACACUCGGGAAAGUACUUGAAGAAUCCUUCAGUCCUCGUGAAAUCACACGAAGGAUCCUCCUCAAAUCUAUAAAUGGGAGAACCCAUUUUCGUGCUUCUCAAACUUGUCAGAAUUCCUGAGUGAUUUUGAAAUUCUUUCUCAACUCAAUCUUAGUCGAUUGCUCUGCUUGCAUACGUAAGUGUUAAAAAAAACAAGAGAAGAUGUCGUUGAUUCCAAGUUCAUUUUGGGGCAGACGAAGCGAUGUCUUCGAUCCAUUCUCGCUCGAAAUAUGGGAUCCCUUUAAGAAUUUUCCACUCUCUUCUUCUGUACCAGGAUCUCAGUUUGCGAGGGAGAAUUCUGCUUUCGUCAAUUCUCGCGUAGAUUGGAAGGAGACCCCAGAAGCCCACGUGUUCAAGGCGGAUCUCCCUGGGCUCAAGAAGGAGGAAGUGAAGGUUGAAGUUGAAGACGACAGAGUGCUUAAGAUAAGCGGGGAGAGGAAUGUGGAGAAGGAAGACAAGACCGACACCUGGCAUAGGGUGGAGCGCAGCAGUGGCAAGUUCCUGAGGAGGUUCAGGCUGCCAGAGAACGCAAAAAUGGAUCACGUUAAGGCUGCCAUGGAAAAUGGGGUUCUAACUGUUACUGUUCCCAAAGCAGAGGUGAAGAAACCAGACGUCAAGGCCAUUGAAAUUUCCGGUUGAAGUUUUUAGGGGGCCUCUACGUUAUCGUGUCUGUGUUUUGAAAACCAUGUUUGAUCAAUUUAAGUUGCCAAUAUCUUGUGUGCGUUCGAGAAAAUGUUUGUGUAAAUGUUGUUUUUAUUUUUUUAUUUGAAGUCAUGGAAUAUGUAUCUGAUCUAAUCCAUAACAAAUUACUCUCCAUUUCGAACUUUUUUUUCUUCA